CCGAGUUACGAGCUUGACAUCAGAAAAUCAAUCACUUUCUUCCACGCAGCCACCUCUUCUUGACCUGCCUCAUCAACAGUCUCGUCUUUCUCUCUGGCCGUCAAGAUGUUCCGCGCAGGUGCCGCAAGAGCGCUCUACGCCGUCACAAGGACUCAGGUUCCUCGACAACUACCUGCCUUCCGAUCUCAGAUCUCGUCCUCCCUCCUGCAGUCCUCCCGAGUCACUCCUUCCUUCGUCCUCUCGAGCAUACGAUGCUAUUCCGCACCGUCGGGUCUCUCAAAAGACGAAGUUCAGGGACGGAUAAUGGACCUGUUGAAGAACUUCGACAAGGUCACAGAUGCAUCAAAGAUUUCCGGAACAUCACACUUCCAAAACGAUCUUGGAUUGGACAGCUUGGAUACCGUCGAGGUGGUGAUGGCAAUCGAGGAAGAGUUCAGCAUUGAAAUUCCGGACAAGGAGGCCGAUGCUAUUCACAGUGUCGACCAAGCUGUCACAUACAUUUGCGCCCAGCCCGAUGCUCAUUGAUGGCCUUGCAGUGGAUAGGUGUAGACGUGGUCAGGAACAAAAUCAGUGGUUGUACAUUUCCCUCGACCCUGGGAACUGGACGUCAGUUGUACUAUCAGCAAACAAAUAUUAGAUCUCUGGGAUCUCCACGACGCGAUGCUUCUUGAUCACAUUGAUCUCGACCUUGUCUCUGCAGAAUUUGCGAUGUGAUUUUGUUU